GCCCCGGAUGAAAUGGACGUCACAGAUUUAUGCGGAUAUGUUGCAACUCAAUACAGUUUAUAGUUCUUUAUCGGAUAUGCUGUGCGUAACAGUAAAACUUGACAUACUUAUCCUUGCUUUCGUGCGUACUACGGAGCUUCAAGGUGAUUUGUCCAGACUAGCAUACUUUAGUAAUCGCUCUGAUACAGCAGUACCAACAUUGCUGCACGAAUCAGCAUGAAUAAUCCACCAUGGCCGAACGGGAAGAAAGUUGUUCACUUGGAUCUGAAAGGUGCCCCUCCGAAAGUGGAAUACAUUUUCCAGUUGAUAGAAUGCUUCUCUCGGCUUGGUGCCGAUGGCCUGCUCGUGGAAUAUGAGGAUAUGUUUCCAUAUGAGGGAGAGCUGAAGCUACUGCAGGCCACAUCACAACCUGCAUACAGCCGUGAUCAGAUAUUAGCCAUACAGAAAGUUGCGAAAUCUAAGGGCAUGGAGAUCAUACCACUUGUGCAGACCUUUGGCCAUUUGGAGUUUGUGUUGAAGCAUCGGCCCAUGUGGAGCCUGAGAGAAGUGUCAAACUGCGUUGGCACCCUCAAUCCCCAUAAGGAAGAAGGAUUUAAGCUUGUGAUGGAGAUGCUGAGGCAGGUGGUGGAGCUGCAUCCCGGUCUAAACGCACUACAUAUCGGCGCGGACGAGGUGUACAUGUUGGGUGAGGGGGAGCUGUCAAAACUAUGGUUGGCUUCAUCUGGACGCACCGUGGAACAACUUUUCUUAAGUCACGUUGCAUCCAUUGUAAAAUACAUCAAGAAAGAAUGGCCUCAUAUGACCAUCAUCAUGUGGGAUGAUAUGAUGAGGGGUAUGAGUCAGGACACGUUGAAAGCUAGUGGUAUUGUCGGAUUCGUCCAACCAAUGCUGUGGGAUUACACCCCAAAUCUGGAUGUGGACAAAACGGUAUCGUUGCUGGAGAAGUACUACAGUGCUGGUAUGCAAGACAUGUGGGCGGCCAGUUCCUUUAAAGGUUCCACCAGUGUUUACACCAACGUACCCAGCACACAGAGACAUGUCGAUAACCAUUUGCAAUGGUUAAAAGUGGUUGGAUCUGUGUCCCCCGUCUUAAACAUGAGGGGUAUUGCCAUCACAGGCUGGCAAAGGUAUGACCACCUCUCGGUGUUGUGUGAGCUCAUGCCUGUGGGUCUUCCGUCACUCGCGGCAUGUCUCCAAACACUCAUCCAUGGCCAGUUUAGUCCCGAGGCUAAAAACAAAGCGUCUGAAAUGUUGGGUGUCUCCUCCGUGGAGGUAGAGACCAUGGGAAGUACAUUGGAUGAUGCCACCCUGUUCCCGGGAAGGAGACUAGCAGAGUCGAUUGUGGAACUGGAUUCGAUUCUAUGCAAUGAGGAUAUAAGGUCUUUCGAAAAAAAUAUAUACGUACGCGGCUGGUUCAGUCCCUACCACAGAUCAAGAAGGAUGGCAAACCCUUUUAUCACCGGGCAGAUUCAGAGUCAAGCAUCCAUGUAUUUGGCUCUGUUACAACAGAAGGCGGAUGUUGUAAGAGAGGAGAUGUGUCAUCUUUAUCCAGAUUCAACAGCUCAAGAAUGGAUAGAUGAACACGUUAGCCCAGUGACGGCCCCGCUUUGGAGGAUUCUAGAUGAAAUCGCCGCAUGCGCAACGGAGAUAGUUCCAUAAAAUUAUUUUCUGUCCGAUGGCUGUUUUUUUUUUUUUUUUUUUGUACAUGAUGUCCAUUUUAAUAAAGACAAUAUACAAGCACA